CAUCUCAAAUAGGGGAUGCCGCUGGGUUGGGGCCAGGUCCUGUCAGUAUGGCAGCACAGGCAGCCCUGCUGCUGGGGCUGCUGCUGGUGGUCCUGUGCCCUGGGGAUGCAGCCAUCCUGGAAGCCAACGGCAACCUGAACUGCCGCUGCGCCAAGACCACCUCUGCCUUCAUUCCCUUGCGCAAGUAUGAGAGCGUUGAGGUGCGGCCGGUGGGGAGCAGUUGCCGGCGCCUGGAGGUGCUGAUUAAACUAAAGACCCUCGAGAGGAUCUGUGUGGAUCCCAACACCCCUUGGGUUAGGAAGCUCCUGCAGGACCUCCCGAAGCUGAGGAAGAAAGCUGCUCCCCACUGAGGCCCAACACGAUGGCUGGACACUCCGCUCCCCACCGCUGCUUCGCCCCCAGCCCAGAGGGUGUUUUCCCCCGUUAUGCACUCACAGAAAGGCGGAGGCCUUUCCCCCACUCCACGGUGAUGCAUCCUGCAGCCCCCCAGUACCAGCAACAAGCUAGAUGUCUCCUCCGAGCACAAGACACUGAGGUCUAAUAAAGGCAGCAGCCCUCCCUCAUGCCAUGGUGUCCCUGCAGCUGCCGUGGGGCAGGGUCUCCUGCUCUUCGCUCACU